AUGCUGACAUUCAAAGAACAUAUCAACGCCGUCUUCCCAGACAUCCAAUUUACGAUGGAGGAGGAGGAAAACAAUCAGCUGGCCUUCCUGGAUGUCCUCGUCUGCCGCAAAGAUUGUGGUGGCCCAAAAACCAAAGUGUUCAGGAAAGCGACAAAUACGACGCAAAUACUGAACUUCAAUGGCAACCACCCAAUCAGUCACAAGCUCAAUUGCGUAAGGGCGCUAUAUCGGCGCGUUGAGACGCGCUGCAGUGAAAUGGAAGACAAGGUUGCUGAAUUACAAUAUCUUCGACGGGUAAUGAGAGCCAAUGGUUACCCGCGCAACUUUGUCAACCAGUGCAUACGAAAACGACACCAGAGACCAAAUCCAACCGGUCCGAAAUCUUCGCGGGCUCUUCCGUACAUCAAGAACGUCUUGGAAGCCGUCAGUCGUCUUCUCACUCCACUUGGAGUUCGGAUUGAGGGCAAACUGCAAUCACCCAUUAGGCGCCAAGUAAUGAGGCCGAGAGACCCACCGCCACGGCAGGAAACGUCUGGAGUCGUUUAUCGUAUCUGA